AUGACCGCCCACAUUUUCGAGGAAACUCCCGUGACAUGUGCUCAAAUCAAUGCCUGUGCAUAUUCACAUUGGAGUAAAUACUUCGAGGAUCAUAUUCCUGCUGCGAAAAUAUUCAAAGACGUUCCACAAGCCUUUUUAGAGUAUCUCAGAAGUGAAAGUAUCAGGCUUCCGAAUUCAGCCAUAAUUGAUAGAGUGGAGGCAAAUAGCGAUAAUGAUUAUAGUGAUUGGGAAGAUGAAGAAUCGUCUAGCAUUGACCCCGUUGCUCCUUUCAUGGACUUUCAUCAGGAACUUCAGUCUUUAGUUUCGAAAUGGAGAAAAGUAGUCGUUAAACUCAACUGGUCUGCUCCAAAAGAUGCCAAAUGGAUCUUGAUUAAUAACUCGCUCGAGUGCACAUGUGUGAAUGAUAUUUAUCUUCUUCUUAAUGCAUCAGACCAUAUCACGCAUGACUUAAACGGACAUAUCUACGACGAGUGCGAAGACAAAGAUACUGGCGAGAGUUUGGAGCCAGAGUUGGUGAUCAAAAAACAUAUCAGUGAACUAAAUCCUGCUCUAGAAUUUCGCUUGUUCGUUCGUGGCGGCGAAAUCAUAGCUGCGUCCCAGAGAGACUUGAAUCAUUACCAGUUUCUAGAGGGACUCAAAGAGAAAAUUCAUAGCACAAUUUCGAAAUUCCAUCGGAACGUGCUUUCGCAAUCUAAGUUUCCCUUGCGUGACUACAUCAUGGACGUCUAUAUUGCCAGCCCUUACGACACGGUGACUAUCAUCGACAUAAAUCCUUUCACUAGAAAAUGGGAUGGGCUAUUAUUCACAUGGAUGGAACUCUUGGAAAAAGACGUGGAUGGUAUAUUCGAGCUACGCUUGAUUACAGAGACCAACAUGGGCGCGAUGGGCAGAAAAGAACACAGUGAAAGCCAAGUUCCUAUUGAAGUGGUAGAUGCGCUGCUCAAUAGUGAAGCAAUGGCUGAGCUUGCGCGCGAAUGGCAAAAACUUCAGUAG